AUGUCAACUUCACCAACUCGUAGUCAAUCAGAAACAUUCUCUGAACCAUCGGCUAUUCCAACAUCAGUAUCAAUGUCUGAAUAUCCUGAUCGUCCUCUUCUAUUUAAAACUGAUGAUGAAACAAGUUCGAUGAUAUCACAUGUUGAUGAAAACAACGAAAAUGAAGCUGUUGCACCAUUGGUUUCUUCAAUUGUCGGAGAUCAAACUGAUCAUAAAACAACAAACUUAGAAACAUUAAUGCAUUUAAUAAAAGGCAAUAUUGGUGCCGGUAUUCUUGCUUUUCCUUAUGCAUUAUCAAAGGCUGGAAUACUUUUUGGACCUAUUGCUUUUUGGAUUAUGGGUGCAAUGACACUUUAUUGUAUGAAUCAACUUCUUCGAUGUCAUGAUCAUUAUCGAUAUCUUACAUCACGAGAAAAAUGUGAUUUUGGCGAUAUUAUGCGAUAUACAUUAGCAACUUGUCGUUGGAAAUGGGUACAUCGUUAUGCAAAAUUGGGAAAAUUUGUUAUUGAUGGUUUUAUUGUAAUAACACAACUUGGCUUUUGUUGCGUCUACUUUGUAUUUGUGCCAGCUAGUAUCAAACAAGUAAUGAUUGUUGGUGGAGCUUUAAUUGUAGUCUUGUAA